UCUAUUUUGAGCCAGUCCAUCAGCUUCCACCCUCUUCUUAAAAGUAGUCUCUCAGCGUCUCCUCUGAUCUCCUUCAAAUAUCAUACCGUAGCCGGCUCUUUGGAUAUCGCCGGAGAAAUGAAUAUUCCGGAUAUUACAUAUUCUAAUUCUAUACGCAAUGUCCGUGUUUCAGAUCAUCGCCGCCAUGUCUUCCACGAAAAGACUCUAAGCUAAAACCCAUUGUCUUCUCUUGCAUAGCUUCCAAGUUUUAAUAGAUUUUUUUUGUACACAAAUUUUGGUAGAAUUACUCUUUUUUCUUGAGGCUGUGAUUGGGUUUAGUAUAUUUUUUUUAUUUCCUUUUUUGAGCUUUUUGGAAGAGAGAGAUAAAUACUGGUAGGGAUCGGUUUUAACCAGUGCACAUUGAUUUUAAUGAAAUAUACGAAGUAAGAAUCAUCAGGAUCCGGAUAGGUCAUUGAUGAUUAGUCAGUCUCAGUCAGCGUGUAAGCAAGCAGGUCUGUACUAGUGUGUGAGAGAGCCCCCCUUGUUAACAUGGAGCAGCUGCAGAACUGACAAUCACCCAGUGUUUAAAACCAUAUAGCAAUCCAUCCUUGUUAACAUUCACUCUUUGUUAUGCCUUUCCCUAUGAAGAUCCAACCAAUAGAUAUUGAAUAUCAGGCACGGGUUCGUGCUGAACCAAACCGGUGCUGAAAUCGCGUCUAAAGAGGCUCUUUGACCGGCAGUUACCAAACGUGUUGCGGAUUUCCUCUGCGGACAAAGCACCAGAUAGUGAAGCUCCGUGUGGGAAUAACAGUAAAGAUGAUCAGUUUGAGCCGAGCUCGGUUUGUUUGGCUAAAAUGGUGCAGAGUUACAUGGAGGAAUCCAACGACAAGCCAUUUCGGGGCCGCCAUCGCUGCAAUUGCUUCAAUGGCAACGGCAUGGACAGCUCGGAUGAUGAAUUUGAUGUCUUUGGUAAUGGUUUUGGGGAAUCAAUGGGUACGGCUCCUUCUGGUGAUGCCUGUGAUUUUCUCAAGAGUUUGAUUCCUUGCGCGAGUGUUGCGGAGAGAAAUCUAUUAGCAGACACUGCAAUGAUUUUGGAGAAGAACAAGAAUCACAAACAGAAAGACGGUUUUUUGAGAAAGAUCGUAGCAGAUGGAUUGGCAUCUCUCGGCUACAAUUCUUCUAUUUGCAAAUCAAAAUGGGACAAAUCUCCCUCUUCCCCUGCCGGUGAGUAUGAGUACGUGGAUGUGAUAGUUGAAGGAGAGAGAUUGUUGAUCGAUAUCGAUUUCAGAUCGGAAUUUGAAAUAGCGAGAUCGACCGGGGCCUACAAGGCGAUCCUGCAAUCGUUGCCGUACAUCUUCGUCGGGAAAUCUGAGCGGCUUGGACAGAUUGUGUCGGUUGUCUCGGAGGCAGCCAAACAAAGCUUGAAGAAGAAAGGCAUGCACUUUCCUCCUUGGAGAAAAGCGGAGUAUAUGCGUGCUAAAUGGCUCUCACCUUGUACCAGAUUACACGAAAACGUUUCGAACAACAACAGCAACGAAACUGAAGAGCUAAAAGAGGAGUUUCCAGAGAGUGAUGAUUGUUGUGGGGAGUUCGAGCUGAUUUUCGGAGAGAAUUCGACGUUAGAUUCCGAAUCGUCCAUUUCGUCUCCUGAGAAAAGUUCCGGUGAGGGCGAGAAAGUGAAGGUGAGUACAGUGGCGUGGCAGCCACCGGCGGUGAAAUCGAAAGGUGUAGAGAGAGGAGCCAGGAUGGUGACUGGAUUAGCUUCUCUUCUGAAAGAGAAACCAUAAAAAAAUUUUGGAAUUUUUUGAGGUAUAAAAAAUAUAAGUUUUAUAUAUAAUUAUAAAUAUAUCCUUUUUUCCCCUUCUUUUUUUUUUGUUUGCGAGGUGAAGGGUUGUUUGUAAUCUGAGGCGGGUGAAUCUAUCGUCGAUGUAAUAAAUUAUCGAUGAUGUAAAUAUUAAAACAAUGUAAAAAAAAAAAAGUUAGAAAAAAAACUAAAAAUAUAAAAGCACCCGAGGAUCGAUCCUCGUUUCUCUAAAUGGCAGAUACUGCCUAUUAAAAAAUGGGGGUCUCAUGCCCAUUUUUCU